CACACAUAAUGAUGUUACUACAAUGGUUAAGUUACAUUAAUAAGCAAGUUUAAUUUAUCUUCUUUUGGGAAAUAAUAAUUAAACUACCCCCAACUACCAAGGCUCUUUUUAUGAUAUUAGGACACUUGUAUCACAAUAUAAUUAUAAUAAAUAUAAUAUAAUAAAUAUAAUAUAUAAGCAAUAUUAUAAGCAUUCAGAAAAUGCUCUUCAUCACAAAGUUCUAUUAAUUUCAAGGCAAAUAUAAGCACCAUGUCAUUUUACCUAAAACUAAGUAGAACUAACUAAAAUGCAUAAACACUGUUACAGGCAAUGCAUUACUUUGUAGGCAAAAAUAAGUAGUUUAUCUCCUGAUAUUAUUCAGUGUACUUACAGUUGGCUUGGAUGAGUUUCAACAGCAGCAGAAAGAGCAGCAUGACCAUGGUUAAUGUCAGCACGGAAAGCAGCACUGAAGAUCAGCUGGACUAUAUCUACCAGACCCCUCCGCAUAGGGUAAGGAAAUCACAUCAACACUGUUCCUCAGGUUUCCAUAGUUCUGAUUUCAGUACUCAAGAGGUGCUAUGAAUCAAACAGUGCUUGAUUCAACUGAACAAGUUGGGCUUUCAGCAGCAUUGCCCUUCCUGACCUUCUCAUAACACAUAGUGUGUUCUCACUGAAUCACUUCAAGGUAAUGGACAUGUAUUAAGACAAGCUCAAACACAUCUGGUAAGCCUCCCUAACUCUGCAUGUGAUAAUUAAUCAGUCCCUUGUUAAAAAGGCUAAUGUACUACUAAUAUAAUGGUCAUUUUUAAUAUAAAACCAAUCCUAAAGGCCUCAUAUAAGAAUUUAGCAAUGAUGGGAUCGACUCUCGGGAAUUGUCAUGGAGAGGGUGAAUAACCAGCACUCUCUCUAAACAGUCUACUACGACUGAGGUGAGACCCUUAAGCAAGGCAUUGGCUGUCACACAAAUUCUGAGCAUGGGUCACCAUACUUGGUCACUCUUCCCUUUACACUUUGCUUCAGCUCAAGUACCAGAGCUUAGUCUUGUGUUGAUGCCAGUCAGUGAACUGUUCUCCUCCGGAUCUCUGUUUCCAUCUGCUUUGCUUUGCUAAGGCCAUCAGUAACUACAAACCAAACAUCUCCACUCCGAUGGUCACAGACGUAACCUUUCUUAAUGAGUUAAAUGACUUCUAUGCAACAAGGAGAUGGCCACCAAGAUCACACCCUCAGCAAACCAUCAAACCCUCAAACUCACCUCCACAGAUGUCUACACAGCAUUGAUUUGGAUCGAUGCACACAAGGCUGCUGGCCCCAACAGCACUGUGCUCAUGGCAUGUGCAGAGCAGCUCGCAGGGGUCUUCACAGAAAUUUUCAACUUGUCCCUCCCCCAAGCAACUGUGCCAAUAUGCUUUAAGUCCGCAUCCAUUGUGCCAGUGACGAAACACUCCUCCCCGACGUGCCUGAAUGACUACUGCCCUGCAGCACCCAUUGUUAUGAAGAGCUUUGAGCGACUGGCCCUGGCACACCUCAAGAACUGCCUCCCACCCUCACCGGACGAACACUGACUUUGCUCACACACUUGGACAUUAACAACACAUAUGUAAGGAUGUUGUUUUGGAUUUAAGCUCAGCAUUCAACAUUGUCAUUCCUCCAAGCUGACCACUAAACUUGGACACCUGGACAUUAACACCUCCCUAUACAACUGGAUUAUGGACCUUUUGACCAACAGACUUCAGCAUGUUAGGUCAGGCCACAUAUGCUCCACCACCAUCACACUCAACAUUGGCGUACCACAUGGCUGUGUGCUGAGCCCAUUCCUCUACUCUCUACACCCACGACUGCAGACCUAUGCAUGGAUCCAACUCCAUCAUCAAGUUUACACCACCUCCUACCAAGAGGAGGUACAUCACCUGGUCGCAUGGUGUGCUGUCAACAACCUGCUCCUUAACAUCAGUAAGACAAAGGAGAUUAUAAUGGACAUGGAAAGCAUGCAUGACCCCUUCCACAGUAACAGGAUGGUUGUUGAACAUGUCUCCAGCUUUAAGUUCCUGAGAACCAUAUCUCGGAGGAGCUGUCUUGGUCAAGAAGGCUCACCAGCGCCUCUUCUUCAUUAGCACACUGAAUAAGAACCAGUUAUCCUUUGCCAUCCUGGUGAACUUCUACUUUUAUGAGACUGAGAGCAUCCUGACCAGUUGUAUCACAGUCUGGAAUCGGAACUGCUCAGAUACUGACAGCAAGGCACUCCAAAGAGUGGUAAAAACCGCCCAAGAGAAACACCACUUGUUAAGGACCGCAUUCUUAAGGAUUCAUUUCACCCUGACCAUAAAGUGUUCAGCCUCCUGUCCUCCAAGAGGCUCUUCAGGAGCCUACAGGCAAGGGUCAGCAGACUCUCAGUAUGUAAAUUCUGUCUAAUGACAUCCCCCCACACAAGUCACCCCCUCCUAAUCACCACAUCUGUUUUUUUUUGUCACACUUGUUAUCACUUGCACUAAUGUUCAACAGAUCAUUCUCAUUCGAAAUCUUGCAUUAUUUUUCUAAUGUCUAAUACAUAUGCAUUUUUAAAUGAUAUUCAUUGUUUCUGCAUAUAGUGUACAUACACAGAUUCAUAUCCAUCUGUAUAGCAUGUUCAUAGUACACCCAUCCCUAUAUCAUUUCGAAUAGUAUUUGAAUUAUGUAAAUGUAAUGUUAUGUAAUGGUAUGUAAAGUAUGUCCAUAGUACUACCUUAUCUGUAUAUUCAUUGUACAUUUGUAACAUAUUGUAGAUAUUGCAUAUCCCACGCUUUUGGUUAGAUGCUAACUGCAUUUCGUUGCCAUGUACCUUUCAUGUAUAAUGACAAUAAAAUUGAAUCUAAUAUGCCAUUACUUUUCAGUCAUCAACCGCAUUUACUCUUCUCUGACAAAGUCUUGUCAUGCUUUGUGGACUUUUUAUAACUGCUGUUCUUAAAAUACCAGUGAAACUAACAGUUGGGCUGUUAAGCUUACAGAUGCUCCUGCACAAAUUAUAUUAAACCCUAUAACAAUGGGUAUAUAACAUCAUUUUUUCCAACCCCUGUAUCUUUUUAUUUAUGCUGAUGUGAAAAUUCAUCAAUAUUGAAAAUUCAUUCAUUCAUGAUUUCUUAACUGCUGACUUUUACGUUCCAGUCUAAAGGGGUGGUUACAUUUACCAUUCUUCUGUAAAUUUUCCAGUUAUUUAAAUAGGAAUCCAUACGAUCAGGAACUUUGCAUGAGGCCAAAAUAUUUCACUACGCAGAUCUCACAAUGGCUUCAAGGUGGUCAUGCGAAUUCGCCAACUCUCUAAAAGAAAGCUUCUUGCGUUGACUUCUGUGUGAGACGGUACACAAUGGCUAAUAUGAUCGCACCUUAAAUGUAAAUCUUUGUCAACUCCCAAACGUUUUCACCAUUACAUUUAAUUCAGGACGCUGGACCAAACGUUUGCCUUCCCUUCUCACACAAGAGCAUUUUGUUUCAGAGAUACAUACCACGUUUCUGCCUACGUCAAAGGAAAGAGAAUCACAAUAACUCCUGAACACUAGUUACAUACAACAAAGACGAUGCAGCGCCAAUAAAAAGAAUUUCAUAUUUAGUAUCUCGUUUGAUUUCCAAACAAUGAGAGAAGAGAAAUCAACAUUAUUUUUCUAAACAAAUCUCACGAGGCGGUAUGAGAAUACAUAUUCAUUACAUCCAAGGUGGGACUUCAGAUAAAUGGCGAACUCAUCCUUCUAGGUGGAGCUCUCCCCUGAGGAUAUAGACGUGCAUUUAUACAGUCAAACGAUAUUGGAAAGACCUUGUUCGCAGGUGCUUUGGUUACCACCACCCUGUUGCCCUUUCCUCCCGAUUUCACUGUCACCCGAUAUCCUAUUCUCUGACAAACUGUUUUGUCAAAUGAAAAAGUCUAUAGGUAUUUGAUUUCCCCUAAGAGAGCAGCUCUCUGUGUAUGAAUCAAAGGCAAGGUCUUAGACAUGAUAGCUUCAAACAAGAGGAGGCGAUCACAGGUAUUCAGGGCUUUUGGGUCAGCCCAAGUCUUGGCAUGUUAUUGUUUCUGUCCCCGUGAAUAGUUAGUGUACAAACAAGACCAUAAAACCUAAGGGACAGAUGUGGUUACACUAUAAAAGCAAAGACAAUAUCUCAGCUAAGUUAGUGCCGGUAGAAGUUAGUGGAUUUUAGCUGCUGAGGAUUGAGUUUUCGAUGCUCAGGACCACUCAAACAUGAAGAAAUGCCUUGAAUACACCGUGCUCCUCGUCAUCUCUACGCUUCACGGCUCUCUGCAGCAGAGAAUCAUCGGAGGACAGGAGGUUGAUCCCUACUCCAUAAAGUACCAGGCCUCUGUCCAGUACAACAACUAUCAUUACUGCGGAGGCACGCUCGUACACCCUCAGUGGGUGGUUAGUGCCGCCCACUGCUGGAGACCGAGCUAUUUAAUCAAAGUGGUUUUGAGCGAGCAUAACCUCUCCAUUAAAGAGGGAGUCGAGCAGGUGUUCAAUGUGUCCAAAGCCCUGGUGUAUUACAUGUACAAUUACAGGACGUUUGACAGUGACAUUAUGCUCUUGAAACUGGAAAAGCCUGCAGUGCUCAAUGCAUACGUUCAGCCAGCUGUGAUGCCGAACUCGCUCGCACCCUUACAAGGCGGCACAAUUUGCACGGUGAGCGGCUGGGGCGUCACUCAGGUCUACAGUUAUUACCUGUCCCCUGUCCUGCGCGCGGUGGACGUCCAGAUCAUCCCUCAGUGUCAAUACUACUACUACUACAGAAUCACAGACAACAUGUUGUGUGCCGGCUCUCCGCUGGGCGGCAAAGACUCCUGCCAGGGCGACUCUGGCGGGCCUCUCGUCUGUAAUGGUUAUUUUGAGGGGAUCGUGUCCUGGGGCAUCAGUUGUGCCAACCCGUAUUUCCCUGGAGUCUACACCAAAGUCCGCAACUACGUCUCUUGGAUCAGCUGGGUAAUCGAAAAUGACGUCACCAGCUAGAAUGUUCCUUUUUGAAGGUCAUUGAACUGCCACACUGUAGAAUUGACACCAGACGGUCGAAAAGACCCAGUAUACUGAGUACGCGGUCAGCGUCUGUUAGAUAAGAUGAAUACCAGCAUCAAAACUUGUUUUAUUCUGUUAUGCUCAGUUUAUCAAUGAAAGAAAGGGCAGUGCAGGUUUGGAUGCCGCACUGCAAAAAAAAAAUAUUUCUUAAUAUUUGCUUCUUAAUAUUUUUGUUUUGUUUUAUAGUACGGAUAUUUGAACAUUCUUGAAUGGAGAGGCAUUUAUCUGAGAUGCAAAAUAGCUUAAAAAUUAAUAAUAUGAAGUCU